AUGAUCGCUGAUGUGCGCGCCGAUUCGGAAGUGGAUGAUGUAAGACAAUUUCAGGCUCUGUCGGUCCCGCACCCGCAGAAAGGUGGGGUGGCUCGAGCAGGACAUAAGUCGCCCAUUGUUGUACUUUACGAUGCAAAUGCCUAG